CAGUUCCAGAGGAGAGCCGGUAAUCGGCAUUCCACGGAGGGGACAUGUACACUGAUCAUCAGGGAACUGAUGAUCAGUGUGCCCUGAUGAUCAGUGUGGCCCCAGAAGUGCCACCUGUCAGUGUCCAUCAGUGCCAGCUGUCAGUGCUAAACAGUGCCACAUGCCAGUGCCCAUCAGUGCCACAUCAAUGCCACAUAUCAGUGCCUACCAGUGCACAUCAAUGCCACAUAUCAGUGCCCAUUUGAGCUGCCUUUUAGUGUCACCCAUCAGCGCCAGUCAGUGCCACCUAUCAACGCCAAUCAGUGCCAUCUAUCAGUGCUGCCAAUCAGUGCCACCUAUCAGUGCCAGUCAUCAGUGCCACCUAUCAGUGUGCAUCAGUGACGCAUAUCAGUGCCCAUCAGUGCCACCUAUCAGUGCC